AUGGCCCGGCGGGAGAACCAGCAGGCGUCGGCGGCGAACCACAAGAGCGCGGAUCCCUUGCUGAAACCCAUCCUGCCGAUCAACAUGCAGAGCGAUCGCAUGAUGUUCCUCGAUCUUCAUCCGCUCGAGGUGGCUCGCCAGAUGACACUCGUCGAAUUCAACUUAUACAAGAAGAUUCAGGCCUGUGAGCUGCACCACUCGGCAUGGACCAAGGGCAGGGCGCCCAACGUGCAGGCCAUCACGGAGCGAUUCAACAAGGUGUGCUUCUGGGUGGCCACCGAGAUCAUCACGACGGAGGACCACGCCACGCGGAUAGAGGUCCUCUCCCGAUUUAUCCAAGUCGCGCUGUACUUGCGAUCCAUGAACAACUUCCACGGGGUCAUGGAAAUCUACGCGUCGCUCAACCUCGGAUGCGUGCAGCGGCUCAAGUCCACGUGGCGGGAUGUAGAUAAAAAGUAUAUUAGCAAGCUCAAGGAGAUCGAGGUCAUGUUCGACACCUCGUCCAACUACAAGAACUACCGCGAUCGCCUCGACGUGAUCGAGCCCCCACUCAUCCCCUUUCAGGGCGUCUUCUUGGCGGACCUCACGUUCAUCGAGGAGGUGCCGUCGCACCUCAAGACCGGGCAGGUCAAUUUCGAAAAGAUGCACCUCGUCAGCAAGGUCAUCUCCGAAGUGGAGCGAUACCAGAAGACGCCCUACAAAUUUUAUCCCGUCGUGCCCAUCGAGGAGUAUCUCGAAAACGUGACCACCCUCCCUGAGAAGGAGUUGUACGAUGUGGCGAAGAAGUGCGAGCUCAGCGCGCAGGCGGCCGAGAAGGAGGAGACCGGCUCGGUGCGACUGCGCGGCACCACGAUCGGCAGCCUCCGCCGGAAGGAGCGGAAGCGGCCAGGCCUCGACGAGUGGAUGCCGCAGUCCUUCCUCCACGGCGAGAAGCAGCUCAAGGAGCUCGAGAAGCAGGAGAAGAAGCUCCAGCGAAGUAUCUCCUUCCGCGUGCAACAGAAGGGGCGCAACAGGAGCUCCACCUACAGCGGGUGA